GCUUCUCUUGUCUUAGUUCGUAGAAUGGAAGGCUUUUUCCAUGCACUAAUUUUUCUCAUCAUUCUGCUGUAUGUGAUCUCCACCGCCCAGUACGCCACUCUCGGGAUCGAACCAGCUGCAUCCGACCGUGCCGCCCUCCUCUCCUUCAAGUCCCUCGCCGACGACGAUCCGUUCGGUGCGCUUCUUUCGUGGAACAACGGCUCUCUCCACUACUGCAGGUGGCGCGGUGUCUCCUGCGGCCGCCGCCAUCCCGACCGGGUCACGGCCCUCGACCUCAAGUCCCUCCGCCUAACCGGCCUCGUAUCGCCCGCCGUAGCCAACCUCACAUUCCUCCGGAGGAUCGACCUGUCCGACAACAUGCUAGGCGGUCGCAUCCCGGAGGAGUUUGGAAGCCUACGCCGGCUGCGAUAUCUCAACCUGAGUGUGAAUUCUCUUCGCGGAACGAUCCCGUCUUCGCUCGGCAAUUGCUCUAAUCUUCAACUACUCAACUUGAGAGAUAAUAAGCUCGACGGUGAGAUCCCGCCAACUCUUACGAAUCUCUCCUCUUUGAACAGCCUUUCGCUACGAGGAAACAACCUUCAUGGUGAAAUUCCUCACUUUGCAGAACUUCCAUUCCUCUCUUAUCUGGACUGCGCUUCUAACUAUCUCUCCGGGACUAUCCCAAUCUCACUCGGACGACUUUCAUCUCUCGAAUAUCUCGUUCUCGGGAUCAACAAUUUAACAGGGGAAAUACCGUCAUCCCUGUACAAUUUAUCAUCCCUGACGGCCUUAGAACUCGCUAAUAACCAACUCGAGGGAACUCUACCCUCCGAUAUCGGAAAUGCUCUUCCGAACCUUCAAUUCCUUUAUAUGUAUAAUAAUAAGCUCGGGGGGCGAAUUCCAGCAUCCUUGUCCAAUGCUUCUGAGCUCAGGCACCUUGAGAUGCCGUUUAAUGCAUUCCACGGCACGAUACCGCCGAGCCUUGGAGCCUUGCAGAGUCUUUUGCGGCUUCAACUGGAAGGCAAUCGACUCGAAGCCAGGAAGCCUAGUGAUUGGAGCUUCAUUACAGCAUUGACCAACUGCACCGGUCUCCGAGUGUUGGAUUUAGGAUACAAUCUACUUCAAGGCAUGAUGCCCAAAUCACUGGUCAAUCUUUCCACUAGUCUUCUAGCUUUAUCAUUCUACAGCAACCAAAUAUCAGGAAUUAUACCUGCAGAGAUUGACAAGUUCAUCAAUCUAACUUAUCUUGAUAUGAGCUUUAACGACCUUCGAGGCACCAUUCCCAUAGAAAUCAGUCAUCUUUGGCAAUUAAAUUAUUUAGAUCUGUCAUACAACAAGCUCUCGGGCGAAAUUCCUCCGACUUUGGGCAACCUAACACGAAUGGACAAACUCUUUCUCGGCAGCAACGAAUUUGAAGGAGCCAUUCCGCCGACAUUAAGCAACCUGUUAAUGCUAGAGUUGUUAGAUCUAUCAAAUAAUAGGCUAAGCGGUAGUAUUCCUAAAGAAGUUUUGACCCUUUCAUCACUCACAAUCUACCUUGACUUGUCGCAUAAUUUACUGAACGGUUCAUUACCGUUGGAAGUGGGCAACUUGAUAAAUACGUGGGGGCUUAAUCUCUCAAAUAAUAGGCUCUCCGGUGAGAUUCCAGACACCAUCGGCAAAUGCGCCAUCUUGGAUAUUCUUCAUUUAGAGAAUAACUUAUUUCAAGGGUCCAUUCCUCCCUCCAUCAGCAAUUUAAGAGGGCUUCAGGAGCUCGAUCUCUCAAAAAACUUCUACUCGGGCCAAAUACCCGCAUUCCUUGAUGAGCUCCCGGAUCUAAAAUACUUAAAUCUUUCCUUCAACGAUUUUGAGGGUCGAGUGCCGAUGAAAGGGGUUUUUAAGAAUGCCAGCGAAGUCUCGCUUAUCGGAAACCCUAAACUCUGCGGUGGAAUACCAGAAUUACACUUGCCGAAAUGCACUUCAGAUGCCUUUAUAGCAAAACAUCACUCUGAUUACAAACUCAAGGUAAUACUCAUUCCCAUAGGUGGAGCAAUUUUGUGUUUGAUUAUAAUCAUGGGCUUGCUUGGGAUACAUCACUUGAUAAAAAACUCCCGAAGAAAGCCGCAGUCGAGGUUUUCCUUAAGAAACCGACACGUGAAAGUAUCUUACGAUGAGCUCUUCAGGGCAACGGAUGGGUUCUCCUCAGAUAAUCUGAUCGGCACAGGAAGUUUUGGGUCGGUUUAUAAAGCCGCCAUGAACUAUGAAAAUGCCGACAUCGUCGCGGUGAAAGUGCUUAACCUUCAACAGCAUGGGGCUUUCAGGAGUUUUAUGUCUGAAUGUGAAGCCCUGAGAAGCAUUCGGCAUCGAAAUCUUGUCAAAAUUCUUACAUUGUGCUCUAGUUUGGAUCACCGCGGUAACGAUUUCAUGGCCUUGGUAUUUGAGUACAUGCCUAAUGGAAGCUUAGAAGAGUGGCUACAUCCAAAUGCAUGCCAAAAUAGGCCAUUCAGAAGCCUAAGCCUAAUCCAGAGGUUGAACAUAGCUGUCGACGUAGCCUCCGCAUUAGAGUAUCUUCAUCAUGGAGGGUCCGUGCCGAUUGUUCACUGUGAUCUUAAGCCCAGCAACAUCCUUCUUAACAAAGAAAUGACGGCGCACGUGGGCGAUUUCGGGUUAGCAAAGUUUCUGCGGCAACCGCCUGACGAAUCAUCAGAGCGUUCAUCUACCAGCACUGUGGGAAUCAAAGGAUCUAUUGGUUAUGUUCCUCCAGAGUAUGGAAUGGGCUGUAAACCAUCUAGGCUCGGCGAUGUGUACAGCUACGGAAUUCUUCUGCUGGAGAUGUUCACUGGAAUGAGGCCCGUCGACGACAUGUUCAAAGACGGACUAAGCCUUCGUGGAUAUGUUCGUGCUGCUGCUGCUUCUCCGGAACAUCUCAUGGACAUCAUAGACAGAAACCUGCACUCAGCUGAUAAUGAUAUAGCUUAUCAAGAAGAGUGUGUGCGAGAUUGCAUGGUUUUGGCGUUCGACUGCGGUCUCUCAUGCUCAAACGAAUCGCCAUACGAACGAUCCGACAUGACGAAAGUCUUAAAGGAGCUGAGUGCAGCAAGAGAGAGGCUUCUUAGCUAAAAGCAAUUUUCCUCCCUAUGAUGCGGUUCUUACUAGAAGCAAAUGACUGUAGGUUUGAACAUCCUCUGUUU